ACAAAAACAUUCAUACACACACAAACACAAACAGAUACCAAAGAUUUUGUAUGUAAUUUCUCUCCUUUGAUUUCUUAUCCACAAGUAGAAGAAUGAAUACAUUCAAGAUAUCCUAUUUCAUUAUGGUACUCAUAGUGGUCUUAGCCAUUGCUAUAACACUCAGCGAACCGCUAAGGGUCGAGGCGAAGCAUCAAGACAAGAACAGUCAUCAAGAGAUAGCCGCUACUGCAAGGAACAAAGGUAGGAAACGUAUAGGUGCAGCAAUGACAUGUGACAAAAGCUCCAAAGUAUGUCGUCUCAAAGGCAGUCCAGGUCGUGAUUGUUGUCGUAAGAGGUGCGUCGACCUGAGAACCAACAAAUUGAACUGUGGAAGAUGUGGAAAAAGCUGUCAAUACUCGGAGGUUUGUUGCAACGGAUAUUGUGUAAACCCAAUGUUUGACAAGAGACACUGCGGAGGUUGCUUUAAGAAGUGUAAGAAAGGGAGAUCGUGUGCCUAUGGGAUGUGCAGCUAUGCAUAAAGAAAUAAUGCGGUAUAAAAGGUCAUUAGAAAGAAAAAAAGAAUUUUAAUUUGUUGGUUUAAAUUGGAUUAAAUUCAUAUUAUACAUACAGAUCGAAAUUCAAAGAUUAUAUAGCUAGCUUAAAUAAAGGUCGAGUACUUGCUAUAAAAGAUAGAAAGUCUUGUAAAAGUUUGUCAUCAUUAUUAUAUUGUUAAUUUUAUUGAUACGCCCAUGUCUCAUGCAUGUUAACAAUCCAAUGUAUAAUUAUUGAAUAAAGUUUGAAUUUAUUAACUA